AGACACCAGCUUUGUGCUCGCGUAGUGUAACGCGAGUGCCAUUGCCUCUUCAUUCUUACCGGCAGCUCCUUGCCAUUGAGUAGAAAGGUGCGGAAUGCUUUUAUGUAGAGCCUUCUGCGUUCGACUUGGGCUGAUUCAAGGUAGAGCGUAGUAGUAAUUGUGAAAGAACGUGUGUGGGGAAAACAAGCUACAGCGUCACGCUUGGAAGAACAAAGACUGUUUCGUAGGGUGCUGAUCUUUUUGGAGAAUGAUAUCGGUGUCGGAACUGUUACCUGGAGGAGGCCACUCUUAGGUCUUUGUUCACUUGUUGGGACACUCAUUUCAUCCCAGAGGGCUUGCAUUUAAGGCAUUUCGGAAAGAUAAAGGGUGGAAAUCUCGGAGAUGUUAGCGGCAGAGCCCUUGAGCGCUUCACAUGGUCAAGCAGAGAAAUGGGAAGAGGUGUGGGCCUGCUUCUUCCUGGUGUUGGGGUAGUGGUGCAAGGGCUGGGCUGGGCUGGGCUUGAAGGCACUUGCCACUUCUGUCUUUGGACAUCAUAAAGAAACCUAGGGAAGAAAAAGGCCCCUGGUGAGUCGGUUGGGAGUAGAGUAGCCUUGGUGUAGGGAUUGCUCAUGUAUUACUGUUGUUUAGUCUAUGAAUCUGUCAAGUGGCUUACCAUUGUUCAGUACGUUGGUUGGAUAACAAGGUAGGGUGACUCUUUAAAAAAAAGUUGAGUUGCUGAGUCAUUCGCCCCAGCCCAAGAGGUAAUUAGGAACAGCUGGUGCGAUACUCUCAUCACAUGCCUCGACUAUAAAAGGCCAGGGAGCACGCUUGCCUCAGAAGGUCGAAGGGGACCAGGCCACAGUUGUCUGUGUUGAUACAGGUGGAGGACAGUUAGAAGCAUGCUCUCCCCUGCGCGCCUGGCUCCACUGGCUGUGCAGGAUGUCUCUGCGUGAGAACCCGGUGUUUGCCUACGAGUCUUCGGUGCACAGCACCAACGUCUUGCUCAGCCUCAACGACCAGCGGAAGAAGGACGUGCUGUGCGAUGUCACUGUCCUUGUGGAGGGCCAACGGUUCCGCGCCCACCGGUCAGUGCUGGCGGCAUGCAGCAGUUACUUCCACGCCAGAAUCGUAGGCCAGGCUGACGCGGAGCUUAACAUUACUCUACCAGAAGAGGUGACAGUUAAAGGAUUUGAACCUUUAAUUCAGUUUGCCUACACUGCUAAGCUAAUUUUAAGCAAAGACAAUGUGGAUGAAGUGCGCAAGUGUGUGGAAUUUCUAAGUGUACACAAUAUUGAGGAAUCCUGUUUUCAGUUUCUCAAAUUUAAGUUUUUGGACCCCACUGCAGACCAGCAAGAAUGCCUGAGAAAAAAAUGCUUUUCAUCACAGUGUCAGAAAACAAACCUUAAAUAUUCACUUUUGGACCAGAAGGACCUAGAAAUUGAUGAAGUAGAGGAGUUUCUGGAAAAUAAAAAUGUUCAGACUCCUCAGUGUAAACUCCAAAGGUAUCAAGGAAACGUAAAAACAUCACCUCCCGUACAAGACAGUGCCAGUCAGACGUAUGAAUCCAUGUGCUUGGAGAAGGGUGCUGCUCUGGCUCUGCCUUCUUUAUGCCCCAAAUACAGAAAAUUCCAGAAAGCAUUUGGAACGGACAGAGUCCGCACUGUGGAAUCCAGUGUCAAAGAGGUCCAUGCUGCUCCUGUUCAGCCAAAUGAGACAUGCGAAAAUGAGUAUCUCGGGGGAGUCCAGGACUCUGCAGAUUUGCAGGUGAUUUUAAGAUGUGAAGAGAACAAAUUAGCAAUGGAACAUGAAGAAACGAAGAAAAAGGAUCCUGUUUCUCAGUGCCCAGCAGAAAAAACAGAAGUGACUUCUUUCCCCCACAAUUCUUCUACAGAUUCUCAUGGACUGUAUUCUUUGUCUCUUUUACACACAUAUGACCAAUAUGGAGACUUGAAUUUUGCUGGUAUGCAGACCACAGCAGUGAAAACAGAGAAACCCUUGUCAGGUACAGGUGUUCAAGAAGAGAAAACGUUUGGUGAAAGUCAAGAUGUUCAUUUGAAAUCUGACUCGGGCCCCAAGGAUGAUGGUAGCAUUGCAUCUAGUGAUCGGAGUAGUGUGGAGCGAGAGGUGGCGGAGCACCUAGCAAAAGGCUUCUGGAGUGAUAUCUGCAGCACUGACUCUCCUUGCCAGAUGCAGUUAUCACCUGCUGUAGCCAAGGAUGGCUCAGAGCAAAUCUACUCCCAGAAGCGGUCUGAGUGUCCUUGGUUAGGUAUCAGGAUCAGUGAGAGCCCAGAACCAGCUCAGAGGACUUUUACAACAUUGAGUUCUGUCAACUGCCCUUUUAUAAGUACUCUGAGUACCGAAGGCUGUUCAAGCAAUUUGGAAAUUGGAAACGAUGGUUACAUUUCAGAACCCCAGCAAGAACCUUGUCCUUACGCUUGCGUAAUCAGCUUGGGUGACGAUUCUGAGACUGACACAGAAGGCGACAGUGAAUCCUGUUCAGCCAGAGAACAGGAGUGUGAGGUAAAACUGCCCUUUAAUGCACAACGAAUAAUUUCACUCUCUCGAAAUGAUUUUCAAUCCUUGUUGAAAAUGCAUAAGCUGACCCCAGAGCAGCUGGACUGUAUCCAUGACAUCCGGAGAAGAAGUAAAAACAGAAUCGCUGCACAGCGCUGUCGCAAGAGAAAACUUGACUGUAUACAGAAUCUUGAAUCAGAAAUUGAGAAGCUGCAAAAUGAGAAGGCGAGCCUGUUGAAGGAGAGAGACCACAUUUUGUCCACUCUGGGUGAGACAAAGCAGAACCUGACUGGGCUUUGCCAGAAAGUCUGUAAAGAAGCAGCUCUGAGUCAUGAGCAAAUACAGAUCCUCGCCAAGUACUCUGCUUCCGAUUGCCCACUUUCGUUUUUAAUUUCUGAAAAAGGAAAAAGUACUCCUGAUGGGGAACCCUCGGUACCAUCAAUUUUCAGUCUCUCUGAUGGGCCUCCAGCUGCGCUGCCUCCUGAUGGGAGAAGAAGCAGUGAGGCCGGCUACAUCCGGGGGCAGGAGUCCAUUUCCAGUGCAGCCUCCGAUCCAGCCGGGCAGGUGGAGCAGAGGCAGAGUGGUGGGAUCUCCGACUUCUGUCAGCAGAUGACUGAUAAAUGUACUACUGAUGAGUAAACUUGGACUCCCUUCCUCCAGCCCCGCAGAUUUUCUACUGAAGUUUGGCAUUGUCUUGAAAGCCUAGUAAGGCCAUCCCUUACUUAUCAAUAUUGUGUUUUCCCCUCCUAGCUUUCUGUUCAGGAAAUUUCUCUCCAGUCAACCCUGAUUUCGCCUUGAUUUCCACAAGACACAGAAAUGAUUUGUUUUCCAGAUACUGAAAAAUCACAUGUGGAAAUCUGAUUUAUUUUGUGUGUGUGGCAGUGCUGGGGAUUGAGCCCAGGGCCUUGUGCAUGCGAGGCAAGCACUCUACCAACUGAGCUACAUCCCCAGCCCUAAUACUUGCAUUUUAAAGAAUAAAAUAAUUUCCCAGUAUUCAAAAUGACCAUGAGAAUGAAAACUGCAGAAUGUCAAACAGUCUAACAGCUUGAAACAUUUCCAGAUAGCUCCUACUGAAGAAGCGGCCUGCAGAAGUUUAAAAAUUGACCUUUUUGCAAUGUACUGGUUUAAAGAAAAUAUCUCCCCAAGCAUUGCUAAUAAGAGUUCCAGUCUACACAGCAGGUGGGUGUCAGCAUGGGGAAUGUUUGUGCAGAGCUGCAGUGUGAAAAGUAAGUCUUCUUGCUGAAUCCCAGAACUUUCCCCUGCAGCCUCUGCCAGAACCAGGAGACUCCUAGGGAGGAUCUAGGAGCAGGCAAGGGUUGACCCAAGGCAGGGGCUUCUGCUCCUCUUUGUUAUUAUUGACUAUAGAAUUUCUGGCUGCACUGCAGUAGUAGAUAAGUAUCAUUUUCCCUCUUUUCCCCUCUUCAGUAUCUUCUCCAUCUGAGCUCAUUAUGAAAUUUCUGUUUCCUGAUGUUCUUGCCCCGUGCCAGGAGAGUCGGGAUUCAGGAUGUCAUCACCUGAGUGUGUGUACUGGCAGCCUGAUCUGGGAUCCAGGGGAGCUUGCCAAAAUAGAAGACUGUUCACUUUUCUGCCCUAAGUCACGUAUGCCAGGAAAGCAGGCAUGGCAGUAGGUUGGGGAUUACCUACACUUACCAGGAGUGCAAUUCAUUUUUCAUGCUAUUUUUAAAGUCCUAUGGUAUACUUCUAAAAAGCAUUAUUUUAGUUAACAGUGUAUCUAUAACUCUGCAGGUUUGUGAAAAAGGAUGAAACUUAAUCUUGUUUGUUUAUGGGUUUGCAUUUGGGAACCAGAUUUAUUUCUAUUUUCUUUCCCUAUUUUGAUGCUGCAUAAAGGCACACAGAUCAUUUGUCUUUAAAAAUCAGUCUUUGUCUUUAUUUGAUCCUAUCAUAAAAUGUAUUUACAAUCUGAGUAACUAUCCCAUAACAUUUUGCAGUAAUGCUUAAACCAUUCUGGGAUUGCAGAUUUGGAAGUCAGAUGCAAGGUAUAGACCUCAACAAUUAAAAAAGAAAAUAUACAGGGUUAGCAUCCUUAAUUGAAAAUCCAAAAUGCUCCCAAAUCUGAAACUUUUUGAAUGUUGACAUGAUACCAUAGCAAAAAAUUCCAUACCUGAUCUCAUGUACAGGUAGCGCUCAAACAUGAGCACACACAACAAAAUUUGAAGUAACUGUAGGCUGUGGUGUAUAUGAAACAAAUCAAUUUUGUGUUUAGACUCAGAUCCUGUCCCCAGGAUAUCUCAUUUUUUACAUAUAUAAAUUUUUUUUCCAAAAAAAAAAUCUGAAAUCUGACACAAUCUGGUCCCAGGCAUUUCAGAUAAUGUAUUCACAUUUGCAGAAAUAUGAGGCUGCUGAAGACAAAUGGAACCCAGUUUCCAAGGGUACAAAGUAGUUUAUUUGGAAUAGAAAGUACUUUAUUUCAUCUAGUCAGAUGUCUUGAAAGUGACACUUCUCUAGACUGCACCUUCAGUGAAGGGCCCGGGUAGCUUACAGGGGAGAUGACCACCCACUGUGUGUGCAUGAUUUGGAAGCAAGUAGGGUAUUGCCUUGAGAGAAUAUGGGGACCAGUCUCAGUAUUUCAGAGUAAUUUGUUGAACAUUACUCUUGUUCGUGGGGUUGCGGGGGGAGGGGGCCUUGGAGCAGAUAUCACUAGUCUCUCUUCAGUGUUGUUAUGUUCUCUCUGUUAUUGACUUGGAAGAGAAAAUUAGUUGGGAUUGUUUUCUGGAGGCUUUCAGAAGUACACUCAACUUGUCAGGGAGAAUGGCCGUUCUAUAAUGCAUCCUGUCCCAUGAAAGAAUUGUGCCCCAUGUAGCUAUUUCUUUGAUAUCUGUAAUUUUAAAUUUCAACUUCACAUAUAAAAUAAUAUAAAAACUUUUCUGGUUUACAAAGUGUAAAGUCUUAUACAAGCCAGUGGAAUCCUUGAUUUCCUACCUCAUUGUACACUCAGCUGUCUGUCCCUCAGUUUUUGCAAAUGUUAAAUAAUCUUUUUUUUUUUUUUUUUAAUUUUUUAUUGUUGGCUGUUUGCAAAUGUUAAAUAAUCUUUUGCUUUAAUUGCAACUGUAUAUAUUUGCUUUGAAAAGUUACUGUUUUAUGAUAAAACCUAGUUGUCUUCACAGUUUAAAUAUAAAUUUUAAGGCACUUGGUUUAAAUUUCUCUCUACCUAUGAAGUUUAGCAUUAAGGAUUUAUUUUAAUGGUAUCUGAUAAUUGGCCAAGUGUAAUAUUUCUUAAAUUUAGCAUAACUUUUAAUAGCCAGCAUGUAAUACAAUAACUACACUACCUCAUACCUACAUGAUUUUCAAGUUGUAUUAUAGAUGGACAGGAAAGAUUUUAAUCUUUGUCUUUUGGCCAUAAGGUGGGGAAGUUUUCUAUAUAUUGCAUAGCAUUACACAUUUAUGCCUACUCUGACGUUAACUUCUAAAGAAGUUUUUUCUAAGAAAAUUUGUUUCAAGGCAAUUUUUUUUGAGGCUGCCGAAGACAAAUGAUAGGAUUAUGUGUAUACAGUGUAUGCCUUUUCCUUCAUGCAAAAUUUUGAAAAUGUCAUUUUCAGUUUGUAUAUUGCAUAUUUACAUGAUCAUUGUUCCUUAUUUUAUGAACCGGCCUUCUCAGUGCUUGAUGAUUUUUUUUUAAAGCUCAGUAAAAUCAUAUUACCUUAAAAUUUUUCUUAUUUCAAUAGUUAUAACGAAUAAUUUGUUAAAUUGUUAUAUUCGAAACAAUUGUGGAUAUAAACUUGGUUCUCCAUCUGUAAGUUUUAUAACAGUUUCACUUAAUGCUUAAUCAGUUUUAAGUAAGGAAUUAAAAGUAUUUGAUGCAGUAGACAAUAUAGAUUGCAUGUGGACAUUCAGCCACGUUAACAACUUGGAAAAACAAAUGGCAAUGUUAUAAAGAAUUCUCAGGUGAACUUUUUUCAGUUACGAAGCAUCUAUUUUGAACUUGUAAAUAUUUUAAAUGUUUUAUUAAGGCAUGUAAUAAACUAUUCUUUGAAACCGGUUGGAUAGCAUAAAAAUUUAAAGCCAUAUGGUAAAAGAUGGCAUACUGAUUGUAAAAUAAACAGAAAUAAUAACAUUGUUGAUUUUUUUUGUAUCUUUCAUAAUUUUCUAACAAUGCAAUAAAACCACUAGACUUUUAUCCAUA